AUGAAUGAAAAUAAUAGCGAAGUUAAUUCAAAUUCCCACAAAAAUGAGAUGUUGCAAGAAGCGGAAACUAAUUCACUCAAUAACAAUGCAUGGGUUCUAUUUGACCGAUUUAGAGUCAAGAAUCUUCAGAAAGAUUUUUUACCAAAGUUGAUUCUAUUAGCAAUAUUGGAACCAAUUGAUAGCAAAGAACAACAACAUAUUCAAAUUGAAUUGGAUAUUCUUAAACAAGAAUUUGGUGAAAUAUUCGAAGCAAAAUUGAUUGACAGAAAAGCAUAUUGUAUUUGCAUCGAUAUAUUGAAUCGAUAUAUUAAAUUUCGCCAAAAUCCUGAGGAAUCUUUAAAAAAUUCUAUUCUUAAUGAAAUUUUUAGUAUUCUUCGGGUGGAAUCUUAUCAGAGCAAACUUAUUGAAAAUCAAAUAAAUAGAUUGUCUAUCGAUCAAAGGUCAGUUCUUCGAUACAUGGUGCAUCAGAGUAUUCAAGCUAAAAUCGCUUUUAUUCGAGUUACCUUAAAGAAUAAAAAUUAUCAAAGAUCUGAGGCGGAAGGUUAUCAUUGUACAAGAAAUCCAUUCUAUUAUAAAAUGAAGAAUAAUUUGGAAAAAAAAUGCAAAGAUAUCAAUGAUAAGUAUAAUAAUUUGUCAAGCGGCCAUAAUAAAUUAGGGGGUGAGUAUAAUAAAUUGGAGGAUAAGUAUAAUAAAUUGAAGAAUCAAUUGAGAAUGGAAAAAGAAAAUUCCAAAAUUAAAAUUAAGCAAUUGGAAAAAGAAAAUAAAGAUUUUGAAAAUGAAAUUAUUAGAAAAGAAGCUGAAUCCGCUAAGAGGGAAGCUAUGAUGUAUCCGGCUGCGCUCGGAAAGGCCACGAAUGUUUAUUGGAGUGAUGACACCAAUAAUAAUUCUAUACAAUUAACAAAAGAUAUUCAAGAACUAGAGAAAAAUGUUGAUGAUCUUGCUAAAGUCAAGGGUAGAAAAUAUAAAAUCAAUGAAGAAGGUGCAUUGAAAUUAUUGCAAAAAUAUAAUAUUCAAAUUGGUACCGAAGAUAAAAAAUUUAAAUCAAUUUUGAGCUUUGCACUUCAAAGAUUAGUUGUAGAGUUUAUUUUUGAUAUUGCGAAGAAUUUAUGCGACAAUUUAGAUAAAAAUGAUGAUGAUAAUCUAGAGUCAAAUAUCAUAUAUCAUACUGAAGAAUUAGUUAAAUAUUCAUCUAGACUUGUUAACAAACGUAAGGGAGAUGAUAAAAUAUCAAAUGUGACUCCUAUAAAAAUUCGUCAGCAAAGUUAUGCUAUGCUCGCAUUACGUGGUUUCGUUAAUGAUCACCAUUUAAUCAGAGAACAAGUUAAUAAGCUUAUAAAGAAGAUGGAGCAAUAUCGUGAUAUUGUUGAUAUCGAAAAACAAAAGGAAUUUAGAGUAGAAACUGAAAAUUUGGUCAGGUCCGGUAUUCAACUUUACUUUUUCUUGAAAACUCAAGAACCAGUUCCUGAAAUUAAAUGGUACGAAUUAGGAAAUCCCAUCGAAAAACAUGCAAUGAAAGGUCAUUGGGAACAUGGCGAAGAAAGAUAUUUAAAACAAAGAACAAUCAAAGUUGAAUCGGAUAUUCUUAAGCAAGAAUUUGGUGAAAUAUUCGAAGCAAAAUUGAUCGAUAAAUUGAAUCGAUAUAUUGAAUUUCACCAAAAUUCUGAUAAAUCUUUAAAUAAUUCUAUUUUAAUAAAAUUUUUUAGUAUUCUUCGCGUGGAAUCUGAUCAAAUCAAACCUGUUGAAAAUUAUUUAAAAAGAUUGUCUAAUGAUCAAAGGUCAAUUUUUCGACAUAUGGUGCAUCAGAGUAUUGAAGUUAAAAUCGCUCUUAUUCGAGUUACCUUAAAGAAUAAAAAUUAUCAAAGAUUUAUCAUUGAAGAAUAUAAUGAAUUGAAAACGGGUCUUGAAGCAAAAUACAAUGAAUUGUUGAGCGAGUAUAAUAAUUUGCGAUUAACAAAAGAUAUUCUAAAACUAGAGAAAAACGUUGAUGAUCUUGCUAAAGUCAAGGGUAGAAAAUAUAAAAUCAAUGAAGAAGGUGCAUUGAAAUUAUUACAAAAAUAUAAUAUUCGAAUUGGUCCGGUAUUCAACUUUAUCUUGAAAACUCAAGAACCAGUUCCUAAAAUUAAAUGGCAUGAAUUAGGAAAUCCUUUCGAAGAACAUCAAUGA